AUGGAUCCCUCUCGCGAAGAUGCCAUUCACCACGAGCGCCAUGUAAAGAUCAUUUGCAUUGGUGCUGGUGCCUCGGGACUCUGUCUCGCAUACAAACUGCAGCGGUCCUUUAGCAACUAUUCUCUCACAGUAUGCGCUCCUCGAUCCUGCCCCUUAUACGUGAUUCAAGUUUCUCAUAGAUGUUUUUGUCUACAGAUUUACGAAAAGAACCCCGACGUCUCCGGCACAUGGUACGAAAACCGCUAUCCCGGCUGUGCCUGCGACGUGCCCUCGCACAACUACGUCUACUCGUUCGAGCCCAAGGCCGACUGGUCCUCCGUGUACGCCGGCUCGCGCGAGAUCCGCAGCUACUUCGCGGACUUUGCUAAGAAGUACAAUCUAGCCCCGUACAUCCGGCUCUCGCAUCUCGUCACCCACACUCAAUGGGACGCCGAGAAAGGCCAAUGGAACGUACAGACUCGGGACCUUGAAUCCGGCGAGACAGUGUCCGACUGGUGUCAUAUCCUCGUGCAUGCCACGGGGUAUCUGAACAACCCAGCCUGGCCGGAUGUGCCGGGGCUGGAUGACUAUCGGGGCACUAAGCUGCACAGCGCGGAUUACGACGAUAGUGUGUCUCUAGCAGGUCGUGAUGUGCUUCUCAUCGGGGGCGGUUCGUCCGCAGUGCAGAUUCUUCCGGCGAUUCAGCCGAUCGCGAAGAGCGUGAAGAUCUUCAUCCGGUCGCCGGUGUGGGUGUUGCCGGAUAUUAGCACCGAGGCGGGAACGUUCUCAAAGGAGCAGAUUGAGCAGUUUGUGAAGGACCCGGCGAGCGUGUUGAAGUUGAGGCAGGAUAAUGAGCGCACGAUGAAUAGUAUCUUCACGGUCUAUCUCAAAAACACGAUCCUGCAACAACAGUGCAAGGACCUCCUAGAAUCGGAAAUGAAGAAGCUCUUCAAAGACAAGGAGCUAGAGGAGAAACUCAUCCCCGACUUUGCCGUGGGUUGCAAACGAGUUGUCCCCUCCGGGUUCCGAUAUCUGAAGACCCUCCAAAAGGACAACGUCACCAUCGUCCACGGCAGCGUCACCUCCUUCACCGAAUCCGGCUGCACCAGCACCAGCAACACCAACGACGAAGAGCAGCAGCACGAGGGAGACGUGAUCAUCUGCGCCACGGGAUUCAACACAUCCUACGUCCCUCGUUAUCCCGUAGUCGGCCCCUCUGCCCGCAACCUACAGACCGAACAAGCAGCCUCGAUCUCCGGCUACAUGGGUGUCGGCAUCCCAGAGUACCCCAACACCUUCACGAUGCUCGGACCCUGGACGCCCGUAUCCAACGGCCCCACGCUGAUCGCCAUCGAAGCCCAAGCAGAUUACAUCUGCUCAUUCAUAGACCGGUUCCAAACGGAGCCGAUCCACAGCAUGGCGCCCAAGAAGCGCGCAGGCGAGGACUUCAAAGCCCACGUGGCCUCCUUCAUGGAGAAAGCCGUAUGGACAGAUCGGUGCCGCAACUCACACAACGGCCACAAAAUUGGAGGACGAGUCCCCACGACGUGGCCCGGCAGUACAUUGCAUUACCUGGAGGCGCUGAGAGAGCCAAGGGCCGAUGAUUGGGACAUCGAGUAUACGGGGAAUCGGUUCUCGUGGCUGGGGAUCGGGGUUUCGCAGACGGAGUGGGAUCCGACGGCGGAUCUGGGGUAUUACAUUCGAGAGAAGGAUGACGGGGCGUGGGGGAGUCGGAGGAAACGUACCCUGCAGAUGGCGAAGACGGGGAGUUUGCCGCCGAGACAAUUGCAUAGACAGGCGAAGUUAGCGGCGGCCGGGGGUCAGACUCGGAGUAAUGGGGCUGCGGAGGGGACAGCGAAGGUGGAAUCCACAGUGGAGGUAGCGGAGCUUGUUGAAGAAGAGGGCAGUCCGAGGAAGAAGCCACGGAUUGUUGAGACUAUGGUCCCUGUGCAGGAUUCUUUGUGA